AUGUAUGCAGAUAUCUCCAAGCCUCCUGCUCCUCUUCCCCAAGCCAAACCUCAAACGGUUACUGAAGGCAUCACACUUUUGUCUCCCCUGUCAAGACUUGGGCAGGGUCCAGGCCUUGUGAUUCUACACCCUGACUCAGACAAACACUUGGAAAUUAUUGAUGGCGUUCCCUCUGCGCUGAUCAAGUGGGCCGAAGAAGGUUAUGCUGUUGUUGAAGUACAGACAAAGGCUUUGAGAGGAGAUGCUGGUGAGGUUUUAAAGAAUGCACUGCAAGCUUUAAGGAGUUGUGAAGGAUUCGUGAAAGAUAGUAAGGUUGGACUGAUUGCAUAUGAUCCUCAACUGUGGAACCAACUUGCUUCUGUUAUUUCCAACAGCGACAUAGCAGGUGCUAUAAUUUACGCCAAUGAUGGUGACUUGACAACGCUACAAGAUGCCACAGUCCCUACACUUAAACAUAUAGCAUCACGUAGCGACAAGCUCCAGAGACACGGUGCAUCAACAACAUAUUCCUACCCGUCUGCAAAAUCGCACCUAGUAGCAGUCCCCUUCACCGAAGACUUUGACUACGCGACCGAGUCGGUCUCGCAUACAAGGAAUUUAACAUUUCUGAAACCGUUGACGAAUGGACCUUAUUUUGACCUCGAAGCUAUAUGGGAUGAACAUACCUAUUAUGAGUUUGCAGAUCGGUCUGUUGAACAUACCAUGAGUACAAUGGUUGACCAACCAUAUGUUAAUCACGUUCCCACUUUGACGGGCGGAGUUGGUCGAACGUCAUUGUCAAACUUUUAUCGGGACAACUUCAUCUUCCAGAACCCCGAUGACACAGAGCUUGAACUGAUCAGUCGUACUAUCGGUAUUGACCGUGUUAUUGAUGAGUUUCUGUAUAAAUUUACACAUAGCAAACCUGUUGACUGGCUUCUUCCAGGAGUUCCACCCACCUCCAAGAAGGUGGAAGUUCCUUUCACAGCAGUGGUCAAUAUUCGCGGCGACCGAUUAUACCAUGAACAUAUCGCAUGGGAUCAAGGAACUGUUCUGGCCCAGAUUGGGUUGAUGCCACAGUAUUUACCUUUUCCUUAUCCAGUUGACGGACAGAAGGAGGGCGCCAAGUAUGAAUACCGUGUUCCAGUGACAGGUAUUGAUACAGCGUUGAAGAUGAGGGAUCGGAACUCCGUGGCCUCGAAUGAGAUGUUUGGAUAUAAGGUCAGGGAGGUUUAG